GUUGCGUCGUUGCGUCACAAAAUAAAUCUUGUCCCCGGCCAACCUUUCUAUAAAGAAACCGACGAAGAAUCUCUUUGCCCAUCUUUCUCUCCUCGUCCAAGCUUUGCAACCCAACAACAACGACAACAACACCAUGCCAGCUCCACAGAGAGCAGCUCCAGCCACCAAACCAUCCGCCACAACCUAUGUGAGCAUUGUGGGAUUCUACGUACUCUACGCUUUGGGAGGUGGAUACAUGGUGGCCACACAACCAUCCGGUGGCUGGCAACAACCGUUUUCGUGGCAUCCACUCCUCAUGACGAUUGGAAUGGUCGCAUUCAUGGGCAUUGGAGCCAUGACCAAAAAAUUGGGUGGAUACGACAAUACCAAGUUGCAUGCCAUUUUCUCAUGGUCUGGCAUCUUUUGCACGUUGGGAGGACUCUACGCCAUUUAUACCAACAAGGAACAAAUGGGCCGCCCGCAUUUGACCAGUUGGCAUUCGUGGAUUGGGAUUGCUGCUGCCGUCAAUGCACUCUGUCUGGGGCUGGUCGGGUCUAUUGUAUUGCAUCCCGAUUUUGGAGUGGAUAAAACCAACAAGACAAUCCGCUUUGCCCACAAGACGGGAGCACGGCUCGUGCUUGCAUUGGCGUGGGGAGCCGCCUUUGUCGGACUCUACAAAAUGACACAAGAACCAACCAUGCUCAUCCUGUAUGGAGCUCCAUUGGUCAUUUUUGCUCCAUUUACGUUGAUUUAGAUUAUAUUUUGAUUAGGAAGGAUCAAAGUGGAAACUACA